GGGAAGCUGUCACAGCCAAGGGCUGCAGAGCCACUCCUGGGCACUGGGAAUUCCUGCAGGCGCCUCCAGCCCCAGGUGAGGCUCCAACCCCGCUGGGAGAGGGCCCAGCUCUGACAGUGCUGAAUGAACAAACUGACAGCACUGCUAGUGUGGCCACAUCUGGUUUCAUCCUCCUCUUGGGUCCCUCCCAAAUCCUGGCCAGGGCUCAAGGAGGAACCAAGGGAAGUGACUUUGACCAUACAGCCCCAAACAAGGCCAGAUGUCAGAUUUCAUGGCUUUGUCUGGCUUCUAAAUACACAAAGGUCAAUACAUGUUUCACUAAUGAGUGGCUGCAUCUACCACAGGGCUCAUGACCAUGCAUAUUUCAUCAGGGAGCAGAUACAAAGAUAACCUUUGGUUGGAAGGUUCAUCCAGAGGCCACUUUUGGCUCAGGGCCUGCUGUCCAGGCCUCACUCAGGGCUGGUGUCCAGGCCUUGGCACUUCAGGGACGUGGUUUAGUGCUGGGCUUGACACUGCUGGGUGAGCGGCUGCACUGGGUGAGCUCAGAGGGCUUUUCCAACAGAAAGGACUCUGCGAUUCCAUGAUUCUAUCCACUGCAUUCAGCUGGGGCUAUUUUAGCAGCAUUACUUUGCUCCAAAAGUUCCCUCUUGCCCAGCUCCUGUGGCCUGAGGCAUCAGCUCCUUCAGCUCCUGGUGCUGAGCUGCUCAUGCUGAACAAAACGACUUGGAGAGAAGAACACAGUCCAUGCAAUUCCUUCUGGGACACGGAGAGGGGAGGCUGUGCAAACAUGAGCAUUGUUUGCUGUGGCCUCCUCUCUGCCCUUCACGCCUUUCAGCACUUUGAACCAGCCAAGAGCUUUCUCCAAGAGUGCAAUGGAGCAGCUGCUCCUGCUGCCGGGCCUGGCUCUUUCCAGUCUCUGCCCUUGAAUGAUUCUGUCCCUCUUGCUGUGCCCUCUGUUCCCCCAGGGCUCGCUGGCUGCUGCCCAGGACUGUGGCACUGGCACAGAUCCAAUGCUCCAGACCCUCCCUUCUGUGCCCUUGGAGCUGCCUGGGCACAGCAGCCUUUUCCAUCUGGAAGCUCCCCAUGGA